AGCCACGGCAACGGGCUCAUUCACAAGCAACUUACAAUCAACACACUCAGGUCAGACGUGGCAUCAGAAAUAACUUUCACAAAAUCUUAUGCACACUCUCACAGACAUGCAGUGUUCCUCCACAUGUUGGCUUCAACAGAGUCUCUGAGGACUGGAGUCAGUCCCACUUCUUCACUUGUGGACUAACGGUAAAACUUCGAGCAGAAGAGACAGUCUACGCAGCAGAGAAGAAAGCCCACAGAGGGAACAAGGACCCCCACCGCCUCCACACGCACCUAUUUCACUGACCCGAACAACAGAGAUCACAAAUGGAAGAUGAUACUCCAGUUGACUGACAGCUUUGAGUGUGAAAAUGAUUCUGCCGCAAUGGAGGCUGUUUCUAUGCAGAACCAUGCAUUCCCAACUCUACACAUGCCUUCGCCUAAAUGAGGGAAGCUUAGGAUGGAAGACCCGCCAACUGCUGCUCUAAGGAACUGUAACACCUUUACCUUGCCACCUCUAAAACACACACUCUGACCAGGUGGGGCCCGCUGCCAACGGCUGACCAAGUUCCAGGAUGUUUGUGAAUUUCUGCCGCAUUCGAAAAUGCCAGUUAGUACAGCUGAUGACCAGCUGCCUGUUGCUAUCUGUGGUAAUGACUUGCUGGCAGCAGCUGGACUUGAUUGUCGUUAGCCAUGUCAAGUCCUACUCCUACCGCUACCUUGUCAACAGCUUCACCUACAUCAACAGAAGCCUUACCAUUCCUCGUGAGAAGGCCAGAAGCUUUAGCGACUUUCCCUACCUGUUGGACCACCCUGACAAGUGCACCGGCAAGGAUGUCCUCCUCCUUGUCUUUGUAAAAUCCUUCCCAGAGAAUACUGAGCGGCGAAACGCUAUCAGAUCCACCUGGGGUAAUGAGGCCUACAUCCAAAACACCCUGGGGGUGACAGUCAAGGUGGUUUUUGCAUUGGGAGCCAUUGGGACGACAAAGGUUGAGCCUUCUUGGAGCAAAAAGAGCUACAGCAGCUUUCAGGAAGAGCUGAUCCAGGAGGAUAAACUCUAUGGCGACUUGAUCCAGAAGAACUUCUUGGACACCUUCCACAACCUGACCCUUAAACUCAUCCUGCAGUUCCACUGGAUGCACAGUUGGUGCGCCCAUGCCCGCUUCUUCAUGACUGCUGAUGACGAUGUCUUUGUCCACAUGCCCAACCUGGUGAGCUACCUGCAGGAGCUGAACAGCAGGGGCGUCACCGACUUCUGGAUCGGCCGAGUGCACAUUGGCUCCCCACCCAUCCGCAGCAAGGACAGCAAAUACUACGUUCCCUAUGAGAUGUACCAGUGGUCAUCUUACCCUGAUUACACAGCUGGGGCCGGUUAUGUCAUCUCCAGUGAUGUAGCUGACAAAAUCUACCACGCCACGCUGACCCUGAAUGCCUCUAUCCACAUAGACGAUGUGUUCAUGGGUAUAUGUGCCAACGCCAUCAACGUUUCACCACAGAAGCAUGUCUAUUUCUCAGGGGAGGGCAAGGCACCAUACCACCCGUGUAUCUACAAUCAGAUGAUGACUUCUCAUGGCCAUGUGGAAGACAUUCAUGAGCUGUGGAGGGCAGCAACGGACCCAGAGGUGAAGCAGAGCACCUCAGGACUGUUUGGGAAGCUGUACUGUGUAGCUGUGAGAGUGGCUCUCCUCUGUAAACCCCACUUUGUUGACACCUAUUCUUGCAAAGCAGCAUUUUUAUAGUAGUAAGAGCAAAUAAGGGUGUACUAAAAUUCAAAUAAUGAUGAGAUUAGGUUCAUUUCAGGAAGUAUUACCUCAGUCCUUUCAGUAGGACAUCUACCCCACAGUGCUAUGUUUACUGUUGCAGAAGAAGCCAGAGAGACCGGGAUCUCCAACAUGACUGUGAACUGUAGUUGUGGUUGUUUAAAAUACAGGCGAUGUGCAGAAUGUGGAAUAAAGGACCUGCAAAGAUG